AUGACUACUUUUUUUUCACAGGAAGAACAAAAUAAUGAUAAACAUUCCUUUCUUUUUCUUCUGUCUUUCCUUAAUUCAUUCCUCUAUUAUUCCUUCCCUUCCUUAUCUCUUUCCUUCCUACUCUUUUUUCUUAUCUCUUUUCUUCUUACUCCCCUUCUUUAUCACUUUCCUUCUUACUCCCCUUUCUUAUCUCUUUCCUUCUUACUCCCCUUUCUUAUGUCUUUCCUUCUGACUCCCCUUUCUUAUCACUUUCCUUCUUACUCCCCUUUCUUAUCUCUUUCCUUCUUACUCCCCUUUCUUAUCUCUUUCCUUCUUACUCCCCUUUCUUAUCUCUUUCCUUCUUACUCCCCUUUCUUAUCUCUUUCCUUCUUACUCCCCUUUCUUAUCUCUUUCCUUCUUACUCCCCUUUCUUAUCUCUUUCCUUCUUACUCAUCUUCCUUAUUUCUUUCUUUCCUUGUCACUUUCCUUCAUAUUCUCCUUCCUUGUCUCUUUCCUUUUUACUCUCCUUUCUUGCUUACUUUUUUCUCUAUUUUCUUCUCUAAACCUACCUAUGUUCAAUUUCAUACCUCUUUCCAUUUAAUUUAG